AUGCCUUCACUCAACAUCAACAAGUCCACAAAGGAUGAUACAGAUACAAGAACUGCCAGCUAUGAUAGAUCCACUGGCAAAGGGUCUGUUCAGAAUCAAAUCAGAGACUUUACUGCCACAGCUACUGGUGUACAUAACUAUGGAUGUGCUCCUGUGCUCAUUUCCCAGGAGUCAGCCACUGUGGAUUGUAGACGAGGGAAGCCACCUGAUUAUAUUACAAGGCUUCAUUCUCUGAAUCAAUAUGUUCUUGUUCUUACGGAACUUGCUCGGGAAAAGCUUUCUAAAGGCCUGUACCUGGAGGCAUUGUCAAUUGAACUUGUAUUAUUAGCUAUCUGGAAAGAGGCACUUGAUGCAUGUAGCGUACUCAUGGAUGCAUCAGAUGGUGAAAAUUUCUCUAAAUCUUCUCAAGAACAUUCCCUUCCUAAGAGUGGCCACUCAGCUCUGAAUGUAGUGCGAGGGUUGGAUUUCACUAGGCCGGCUUCUGUUUUUUCCUGGGUUGAAAGUGGGUUCAUGAAGGCAUAUGAUCGCGCAGAGAAGAUAUCGCACGUAUUGAGGAAGAGUGAUGAUAACACCGAGAUGCCAGAUGCAAUGGAUGUCGUAUUCCAAACUGCUUUGGAAUAUGGAAAAGAGUGGAGCUGCAAAUGA